AUGUUACGGCGACCCUCGCAAGUUCUAGUUCGACUCCCAACACGCGCUUCAACAAUAUGGGGUUUGCAGAUUCUCAUUAUUGUUCAUGAAUUGAACUUUUUUAAAGAUUCCGAUGACGAAAGUGAUGGAUAUUCUGAUAGAACAGGAGAUAGAAACGAUCAUUCAUCAAUUACAGUGAUUUCAAUUUCCGCUUAAAAAGAUCUGCCAUUUAUCGUUAAAGAUUCAGAAAGUUUGCGCUAUUGCCGGCGGCGAUAAACGGAGCAGAGAAGAGGAAAAAGAAAAGCCCAAGGGGCGCAAAAUUGACAGAAAAGUGGUGAGUUGAGUUGAUCGAUUCAUAUUGUAAUUUCAAAAUAGGACUUGGAGAAAACAUACAAAAAAGAGUUCUAUCUAUUCUAAUCACAUAUUCAUAGUGGAAUAAAAUUUAACUGUACCGCUCACUUCUCACAGGUUGACCUAAUGAAUAUCAUAUCAAGCCUACGGUGAAUGAAACGUAUACGAAAGAGUUAUCGAGGGCGAAAACAGCUCUCUAGAGAAUUUUUUACUUAAAGGCUGAAUCAAAUCUGCAAAAAAAAUUUUUAAUUUUGAGACCAUAAAUUCAGAGAUGUCGUAAAUCAAAGAGUACGUAGAUGUGGUGGAAAAUUAAGAAUUUUUACGAAAACCUUCUCAUUUGUUGAUUUUAGAUGGUGCAUGAUUUUGCAAUCUCUUUCGCGAGAAUUGAAGAAACGAAGAAAAAGCGCAUGAAUGUGUUUCUCCCAACGGAGGACGUUACCGUUUCGCUCACCAAAUUGCUGACUCAUUUUACCGGAAAUACUGUGGAUCCGAUAGACUUUGGAAGAAAAUUCACUCUUUUUGCUAUUCGCUCGGUUGGAAGUUGCUUUUUCCUUCAUGAUGAAUAAAAGAAAUCAGAUACUUCCGCCUUCACGACGUCACCUGUUCACGGUAGUUCGUUAUGUGGGAAGAACUUCUUACGAGUAUCUUCCUCUCGAGUUCUACUCUUCCAUCGCCGGUUCGUAGUCCAAAUAUUUAAUUGUUUUUUUUUUGUUUAUCAGAGAUGAUUUGCCUUCUCUCUACGAGCGAAAAGGAUGAUCAAACGGCAGUCUCAGCUUUUAAAACCAGACUUGAGUUGGACUUCGGGAAGAUGGCGUCCAAGUUUUUGUAUGUUGAAACCCAAAAAAAAAAACAAAAUUUCAUCCAUAAUUUCUCAGCGAUAACCGCCGUCAAGCCUAUCGCCAGAAUUUGGCCAUGGACUCGCUCGAAGAUUUUUACCGCGAGGAGAGGCGAAGGGAUGAGUUUUGCCGUCAACGAUGUCCUUGUAAAUUUCGAAAGUUUUUUUAUUAUCAUUUUUUUUCAGUGGAGUUAGUGCGCGAGCCAAAUGAACCAGUCGUUCCGAUAGGUUCUCGUACACUUUGUUCUUGUAGUUUUAUCUUUCUUCUUUGCAGUGGUCCCCCCUCGAACUCCGAGUCGGAAGAGCAUGCGCAAGACGAAACUUAUCAAACCCGUGCUUGAAGUGGAGUCCGAUGCCGAAAAAGAACUGGACAAGGGUCAGGAUUCUGGAAGCGACUGGUGUGAAGGCAUGGACUGA